CACAAAGGUAAGAGGGAAGAGUGGGCACAGAAUCGCAUUAUACAAAAACAGCAUCAAUCUUUCUCCUUCAAACUUGGAUGUGAGGUUGUAGAAUUGUUAGUUAUGAAAAAAGCCUAAUAUUUAUGUAAAGUUGGCAAAUGUGAUUCAAAUUGGUAAAUUAGGACCUGAAAAUAAUCACGAGAUGGUAGCAAUGCAAAUCUAUGGUGGUGGUUUUUAGAUUAUUUUCCCAGUAUGUAAUAGUACUCAGUUUGUCCUAGAACUUGAAGCAAGCCUUCUGCAGUGACUAAUUGGAAACUUAGUGUAUUUUAGGGUUUUCUUAAAAAUUAUCCAUUAUGUUGCUAGUAAAAGCAGGAAAAAAUUAGUCAAAUGUGCUGGUUAGACAUUUCUCCAACUGAAUUAUUUUGAUCACAGAAUAACAUUUGUGUCCUCACAUCCCACAAACUUAACUACAGUUUAAUCUGUGUGAACUCUUAAUAACGAUAAGAACUUCAGCGUUAGCCUGAGUGGUGAUAGUGGUAAUGGUCAUGUCCAAAUGGAGAAUUUCCCACGGUUUUUACAGCACGGACCUUUGUAGCAAACAAUGAAGAGAACCUUUUCUAUUCGUUCUGCUUCCUGUGAGCAAAUAUUCUAUUCCUCACGGUCUGUAACAAAAUCAUUCCAAGUGCAGGGUAGCUAAAACAAAAAAAUACAUUUAUCUCUAGUAAUAUUUACCCUACCUGUAAUGUGUUAUUACCUAUCUUAUUCUAGUUCCAAACAGGACCUGCUGUUUGUUCUCUUCUGUACAGAACGAAAGACCAACCUGGUCAAACUAUCAGCUUUGAGCAAAAGACGUAGGAUAUGUGUCAUGUGGAGUAUUUAUUGUGUAGCUCAGCUCUGAAAGCAUUGUUGAAAAUAUUGCUCCUUAUUUGCUGUUCCGAACUGAAAUCAAAAAUGUAAUUAGCUGCCAGCUUUCUUUGAGCAGGCAUGCUUCCUAUUUAAAAUAAUGUAUUAGUUACUUGUAAUGAGCUAUAGUCACUGUUUUUGAGAACUGAGUUCUCUUUGACUUGGUCAGGCCAUCCCCUUUCUCACUUUAUUUGUUCCCCUUUAUGGUAGCGUUUACAGUAAAGUCAAGAGAGGUUCCUAAAUUCAUACUAAGUAUUGGGGACAUCUUGUUAAUUUUUUCUUGAUGUUUCCAAGGAAAUGUGAGAUAAAGCAAAUGAAUAUGCAUACGAUAUGUUGCUGUGUGCUCUUCUUGCACUCUUCUUUCAAUGCCUUUUUUAUCAAUUUAUUUUCUUAUUUCAGUAUAUUAAUCUGCAUGUGUAUCAGAGUAUCUUUGUAUCUCUGAAACAGUUCAUUCUCAAAUAUCUAAUCACAGCAGAAACUAGGAAUGGUUUUCACACUGUUCUGUAGAAAGUACACUGUGGAGGAAGCAGUAACUACUUAUUAGAAUAAUGAAAGAGUUCAGACUGCAUUGUAGUACAUGAGGCAGCAAGUCAGAGCUUCUCUGACAGCCAGUUCCCUUUUGUAUCAUGAGAACAGAGAGACUGCUGCAAUGUACCAGACUAAGGGGCUGCCUAGCCUGGUAUCCUGUUCCAACAGUGGCUUGCUGUAAGCAGGAGCCCCAGAAAUAGCAAAAAUAAGGCAAACAUAUGUUAUCUUACAUAACAAUUUCUAUUUCUAGUGUUUAGUCCAUUUAGACCAUUAAGAUCUUUAAGUUCUACUUCUCUUUUUCCCCAGGACUGCCUGGUAUCAGUGUAGAGUGAGUUCCUUCUGAUGAAGACAGUUAGUGCUCAACAUUGAAUAGUGUCAAAAAUUGUGCUGCCAAAACAGGUCAGGAUGUGUUUUCAGUCCCUAAAACUGGAACAAGGGGGACUCUGUGGCCAUUCUUCCAAACCGAGAACAAUCCAGGUGGAGGACUUGGAGGAAUUCUGGAAAUAUAAGGUCAUAUCCCAGUGCUUAUGCGUAUCAUAUGUGAGAAAAGCAAGCAUGAUGUGCAAAGAUAUGUUUUCCCAGCUCAGCAGUCUAAGGUGAUACCAGUGGAGGAGUGUAACUGUGCAAUAUAACCUGGUCUGAUCUGGAAGGGCAGAAUUUCCAUAAAGAGGAUCACUGCUUUGUAUUGCAGCUCUGGGGCUGGUAACAACUGUAUUGCCUUUCCUUCCAUCAGUGAGGGACUGAUGAAUUGGGAUGCUCUUCUCGAAUGCCUGAGUCUGAGAUAACAAGAGCUAUAAAGCGUGAGCAGCUAGCAGGGCGCCAGACUGGACUGUCCACAGCUCACUGAAGGGUUGCGGGCCAAGUCUGAAGAGGUGCUUUUAGAAGGAGUCAGUAUGGAGCCUGAGGAGUACAGACAGAGAGGGAAAGAAAUGGUGGAUUACAUUUGCCAGUACCUGAGCAAUGUGAGAGAGAGACGGGUGACUCCUGAUGUACAGCCAGGUUACAUGAGAGCUCAGCUGCCGGAUUCUGCCCCGAUGGACCCAGACAGCUGGGACAACAUCUUUGGAGAUAUAGAGAAGAUUAUUAUGCCUGGGGUUGUCCAUUGGCAAAGUCCGCACAUGCAUGCCUACUUUCCAGCUCUUACUUCUUGGCCUUCACUCCUCGGAGAUAUGUUGGCUGAUGCAAUUAACUGCUUGGGAUUCACAUGGGCCUCCAGUCCAGCCUGUACAGAACUGGAAAUGAAUGUGAUGGAUUGGUUGGCUAAAAUGCUGGGCCUUCCAGAUAAAUUCCUGCACCACCAUCCUGACAGUGUGGGUGGAGGAGUACUACAGAGCACUGUGAGUGAAUCAACGUUGGUUGCGCUGCUGGCAGCAAGGAAAAACAAAAUUCUGGAGAUGAAGCUUUCUGAGCCAGAUGCUGAUGAGUCCUUGCUCAAUUCUCGUCUCAUCGCAUAUGCGUCUGAUCAAGCACAUUCUUCUGUAGAAAAGGCUGGCUUGAUUUCUCUUGUGAAGAUGAAAUUUCUGCCCGUGGAUGAGAACUUUUCCCUUAGAGGUGAAACUCUGAAAAAAGCCAUUGCAGAAGACAGAAAGAAAGGCCUAGUGCCCAUCUUUGUUUGUGCAACUUUGGGUACAACUGGUGUCUGUGCUUUUGACAAUCUCUCAGAACUGGGCCCGAUUUGUGAUGCUGAGGGACUCUGGCUUCACAUUGAUGCUGCAUAUGCAGGAACAGCAUUUGUGUGUCCUGAAUUUCGAUUGUUCUUGGAUGGAAUUGAAUAUGCAGAUUCCUUUACUUUUAACCCUUCAAAAUGGAUGAUGGUUCAUUUUGACUGCACUGGAUUUUGGGUUAAAGAUAAAUACAAGUUACAUCAAACCUUCAGUGUAAACCCUGUCUACCUCAGACAUCCCAAUUCAGGAGCUGCUGUUGAUUUUAUGCACUGGCAAAUUCCAUUGAGUCGUCGAUUUCGUUCUUUGAAGCUGUGGUUUGUGAUUCGUUCAUUUGGGGUGAAAAAGCUUCAAGCUCACAUCCGGCAUGGUACUGAAACAGCCAAAUUCUUUGAAUCUUUAGUUGAAAGUGAUCCACUCUUUGAAAUUCCUGCCAAGAGACAUCUUGGACUGGUUGUAUUUCGUUUAAAGGGUCCCAACUGGCUGACAGAAAAACUCCUGAAAGAACUAAGCAGUUCUGGCAAGCUCUUCCUUGUUCCAGCAACCAUUCAUGACAAGUUCAUCAUUCGCUUUACUGUAACAUCUCAGUUCACCACUAGGGAAGAUAUUCUGCAAGACUGGAACAUCAUUCAACAUACCGCAGCCCAAAUCAUUAGCCAGAAUUAUGGGUUACACCACAUCAGUUCUGGUGAUGAGGCAAGAAUCCCUGAUAUGGUAACGGAACAUAAUUCUAAUGUUAUCAGUAAUGCUUCUCAGCUAUAUGUAGAAGAAGAAAAAUACAAAAUACCUUCCAGAAAAAUAGUAGUUCAGCCUAAGAAAGUAGCAAUGAGUUACAAUACAUGUGUGAUCAGUCAGCAAGUGAAAGGUCAAGGGGACCCUCUAGAUGACUGUUUUCCAGAAGAUGUGCAAGAUGUUACCAAACAUAAGUUAACCUCUUUCUUAUUCAGUUAUUUAUCUAUUCAAGGCAAGAAAAAGACAGCACGUUCCCUUAGCUGCAACAGUGUCCCAGUGACUGGUCUUCUUGAGCAAUGUAACCCCAAAGCAGCAGCCACUGACAAGAAAGAAUCUCAUGCAAAUGCUAGAAUCCUUUCUAGGCUGCCUGAAGAGGUGAUGAUGCUCAAAAAAAGUGCCUUCAAAAAAUUAAUUAAGUUCUACAGUGUCCCAAACUUUCCAGAGUGUAGCAUUCAGUGUGGCCUUCAGCUGCCUUGUUGUCCUCUGCAAGCCAUUGUUUGACAAGUAAAAGAGAUUGGUGCUUAAGAGCUCCCCAGGUAGAAAGAGAACCAAAGUUUGCUUAUUCAUAUGCAAUACUACAUGUUAUUUUGUUCAAUAUGUAAGCAAUGGUAAUGACCACCGAGAAAAUUCCUGUGCUUUUACUGGAGUAAAACCUUGUGUAUUUAUAGAUUAAAAUGUCAAAUAAAUCUUGUAGACAUGUA